AUGGAACGAUACUCCAAGGUAGAGAAAGUCGGCGAAGGGACGUACGGCGUCGUAUACAAGGCCCGGGAUACCAGCACCAACCAGAUAGUUGCCCUUAAGAAAAUCAGGCUCGAAGCCGAGGACGAGGGUGUACCCAGUACCGCCAUCCGGGAGAUUAGUCUCCUCAAGGAGCUCAAGGACGACCAUGUGGUUCGUCUUCUUGACAUCGUCCAUGCUGACCAGAAGCUCUAUCUGGUUUUCGAAUUCCUCGACGUCGACCUCAAGCGAUACAUGGACCUUGCCAACAAAAAUCAUACUCCUAUUACGCUGGAAAUGUCUAAGAAAUUUCUUCAUCAGCUGAAUUCGGGAUUGCUCUACUGUCAUUCUCAUCGGAUCCUCCAUCGAGAUCUGAAGCCCCAGAAUCUUCUCAUUGACAAGCACAAUAACCUCAAGUUGGCAGAUUUUGGGCUUGCUCGCGCCUUUGGGAUACCAAUGCGAACAUAUACCCAUGAGGUUGUUACACUUUGGGCUCCCGUCACUAUUCAACCUGCUAUCGACAUGUGGUCCGUUGGAGCCAUCUUUGCCGAGAUGGCUUGUCAAGGACAGCCGCUCUUUCCAGGAGACUCUGAGAUUGAUCAAAUCUUUAAGAUUUUCAGAAUUUUGGGCACUCCGAAUGAAGACAUGUGGCCGGGUGUAUCCAAUCUGCCUGAUUACAAGGCCACUUUUCCCCGUUGGGGCGUUCAAGAUAUCUCUAGGCUCGUCCCCGAUCUGGAUCCUGCGGGGAUUGAUAUUCUUAGACGCCUUCUCGCUUACGAUUCUGCGAGACGUAUCUCAGCCAAACGUGUCUUGCAGCACCCUUACUUCGCUAGCUAUAAUCCGGAUGCCUAA